CUGCCUUUGGGGCAACAUGAAAUGAGCAGAACGUAAGGUGUGUUUUGGAAUAAGUCUAAAACCUUGGAAGAAACCCAUGCUGAGGAUGUAAGGCCUGACCAAGACCAGCCAGAUAGCACCAUGAACAGGUGGCUAUGUUAUCCUGGGCUCGACGGCAUCUGUUGAGCUCCGGUGUGACCCACAGGGCCACGGGCACAUGUUUUGCAUGAGAACUAUGCUCUAUUGGUUUUCACACGAAUCCUCUACCCCCAUUCCCACUGUCCUAUGAGCUCCAGCAAAACAAAAACAGAAAUAUUUGAGAAAGAGUGGCAAGGGAAGAUUUCCUGACGGGAUUUUUAAAGCUGUCUAUUAGUAGAAGAGCAAGAGAACCUUGGAUGUCAACGCCUAACAGACUCUUGAGACCAGCCACCAAACCACAAAAAGUGACUUUCUCUUCGCGUGGCCUCUACGUCCCUCCUGAUGGAGACAGAAAUGGGGAGCAGCGCGGAGACUGGGAAGACAGCCAAUAGAGGCACGCGAAUCGCCCUGGCUGUGUUCAUUGGUGGCACCCUGGUGCUGGGCAUGAUCCUCUUUCUAGUGAGUCAAGGUUUCUUAAGUCUCCAAGCUAAACAGGAGUACUGCCUGAAGCCAGAAUGCAUUGAAGCUGCUGCUGCCAUCUUGAGUAAGGUAAAUUUCUCUGUGGACCCUUGUGAUAAUUUCUUCCGGUUUGCUUGUGAUGGCUGGAUAAACAAUAAUCCGAUUCCUGAAGAUAUGCCAAGCUAUGGAGUUUACCCUUGGCUGAGACAUAACGUUGACCUCAAGUUGAAGGCACUUUUGGAGAAAUCUAUCAGUAGAAGGCGGGACACUGAAGCUAUACAGAAAGCCAAAAUCCUUUAUUCAUCUUGCAUGAAUGAGAAAGCGAUUGAAAAAGCCGAUGCCAAACCAUUGCUACACAUCCUGCGGCAUUCACCUUUCCGCUGGCCUGUGCUCGAGUCUAACAUCGGUCCUGAAGGAGUUUGGUCAGAGAGGAAGUUUAGUCUUUUGCAUACCCUUGCGGCAUUUCGUGGUCAAUACAGCAAUUCUGUCCUCAUCCGAUUGUAUGUGUCCCCUGAUGACAAGGUGUCCAGCGAACACAUUUUAAAGCUGGACCAAGCAACUCUCUCCCUAGCUGUGAGGGAAGACUACCUGGAUAAUACCACAGAAGCCAAGUCUUAUCGGGAUGCCCUUUACAAGUUCAUGGUGGAUACGGCUGUGCUUUUGGGAGCUAAUAGCUCCCGAGCGGAGCAUGACAUGAAAUCAGUGCUUAGACUGGAAAGUAAGAUAGCCGAGAUAAUGAUUCCACAUGAAAACCGAACCAGUGAGGCCAUGUACAACAAAAUGAACAUUUCCCAGCUGAGUGCUAUGAUUCCCCAGUUUGACUGGCUGGGCUAUAUCAAGAAGGUCAUCGAUACCAGACUCUACCCCGGCCUGAAAGACAUUGGCCCCUCAGAGAACGUGGUCGUCCGUGUCCCGCAGUACUUUAAGGAUUUAUUUAGGAUAUUAGGCUCGGAGAGGAAGAAGACCAUUGCCAACUAUUUGGUGUGGAGGAUGGUUUAUUCCAGAAUUCCAAACCUUAGCAGGCGCUUUCAGUAUAGGUGGCUCGAAUUCUCACGGGUAAUUCAGGGGACCACAACUUUGUUGCCUCAAUGGGACAAAUGUGUAAACUUUAUCGAGAGUGCCCUCCCUUAUGUCGUGGGGAAAAUGUUUGUGGAUGUACACUUCCAGGAAGACAAGAAGGAGAUGAUGGAGGAAUUGAUUGAGGGUAUUCGUUGGGCCUUUAUUGACAUGCUGGAGAAAGAAAAUGAGUGGAUGGAUGCAGGGACAAAAAGGAAAGCCAAAGAGAAGGCAAGAGCUGUUUUGGCAAAAGUUGGCUAUCCUGAGUUCAUAAUGAAUGAUACUUAUGUUAAUGAAGACCUCAAAGCAAUCAAGUUUUCAGAAUCUGACUACUUCGGCAAUGUCCUGCAAACCCGCAAGUAUUUAGCACAGUCUGAUUUCUUCUGGCUGCGAAAAGCGGUUCCAAAAACAGAGUGGUUUACGAAUCCAACGACUGUCAAUGCCUUCUACAGCGCCUCCACCAACCAGAUUCGGUUUCCAGCAGGAGAGCUCCAGAAACCUUUUUUUUGGGGAACAGAAUAUCCUCGAUCUCUGAGUUAUGGAGCUAUAGGAGUAAUUGUUGGACAUGAAUUUACACACGGAUUUGAUAAUAAUGGUAGAAAAUAUGAUAAAAAUGGAAACCUGGAUCCUUGGUGGUCUACUGACUCAGAAGAAAAGUUUAAAGAAAAAACCAAGUGCAUGGUUAACCAAUAUAGCAACUAUUAUUGGAGGAAAGCUGGCUUAAAUGUGAAGGGGAAGCGGACCCUGGGAGAAAAUAUUGCUGAUAAUGGAGGUCUACGGGAAGCUUUUAGGGCUUACCGGAAAUGGAUAAAUGACAAGAGGCAGGGAGUUGAGGAGCCUCUCCUACCGGGCAUCAUCUUCAACAACAACCAGCUCUUCUUCCUGAGUUAUGCUCAUGUGAGGUGCAAUUCCUACAGACCAGAAGCUGCCCGAGAACAAAUCCAAAUUGGUGCUCACAGCCCCCCGCAGUUUAGGGUCAAUGGUGCAGUUAGCAACUUUGAAGAAUUCCAGAAAGCCUUUAACUGUCCAUCUAAUUCCACGAUGAACAGAGGCAUGGACUCCUGCCGACUCUGGUAGCCGGACCGCUGGUUUAUGCCAUCCAGAGAGCCGUACGGUGCCAGUAGAGGCCACACUGAGCCCUCAUCACCACUACCUUCAGCCUCUAUUCCUCCGAGGACUCCUGUUUUCAGUGCAUCUUCCAUUAUUUGGGUGUUGGUUGGGUUUAAACAAUAUACUCAAAUGGUAGGGCUUAAGAAAUGGAAUAUGAGAAGUGAACCAAGCAAGUAUGUUUCUUCACAAAACCAAACCAACAAAAAUAAAUCCCUAGGCUACUUUUGUUAGAACAUUAUCUGCUGAAUUGUUUCUCUUGUCCAUUUUUAGUGUGUAGACAGUGAAGUGGUACAGACCAUUUUAAGCCACAGCUUUGCAAGGGCCCUAAGUAGAAUGUAUCCAGAACAAAACUGAGUCUAUUAAAUCUGUACCUGUCGGUGAUGAAGACAUGUUCCUGGGUACCUGGUAGGCCUUACCGCUCUGCAGAACGCAAUGCGAGGUUUUAUGGAUCGUCAUUCCCAGCGUUUAUUCACUCUGUGGUAGUUAAGUUAGAAAUGUGUUGGAGUUUCGUUUUACAAUUUUUUGCCUUUGGUUUUGCAGUCUGUUGGGAUGAAAGUGCAUCUCACAGCUUGUAUCUGAUGUAGCUGAUUGCCCUGUUCAAGUCAGCAUGAACAAAGCUGGCCAAAAGGGCCCUUGAGGAAGGGUUUCUGUUUAUCAAGUAGAAAAAAGGAAAAAGGAUGUGUCUUUAAGGCCAGAAGGAGUCAAAACUUCUAGUCACGCAAUGGUAGGGACCCUAGAAGAUGAAAUCUCCACCAUUUGAUCUCUUCUUCCCAAGCCUCAGUGAUUCUGUCUGCCAGACACUUUUCUUUAGUUCAAUUCUUACUUGUCUCAUUACCCUGAUAUAUGUGCAUUCUUCUGUUUCUGAAAUAAGCGGGCAUUGAGAAAGUGAAAUUCUAAUUCUCCGUUAGGGAUGUAUGGCUUUCAUUCCCCUUUAGCGCCAAGGAACAAAUACCAUGUUGAGGUGGAUGCAAAGUACCCUUGUGUUUUGGCUCAGCUAAUGCUACUUCUCUUUGGAAAAAAGCUUUUUGAAAAAUUUCUGGAUUGAGGAUAUUUUCAAAUCUAUUGAUUAAAUUAAAAAUUCCCUGCAUAGUCCAAAGAAACAUAAUUUUCACUGUCCGAGCCUUGUAAAGGGUCUGUAAGGAAGAGCAGGACUAGGGUUUUGAUCCUCAGGACUUUAUGCUUUCAAGUGACCUCCUCCAUCUCUCAUUAGUGUGUGUGUAGGAUAAAAUCGUAAUGGCCUGAAAGUGGUUACCUGGCAUUUCCAGUUUCUUAAAAUAGCUGUCCUCCCUCUGCAUUAUUCAUCACAUAUGCGGUUUGGGUUAAGUGGGCCGAUAGGAAAAUCUCAAAAGUGAAAGGACAAAUGCAGACUAACCAUAGGAGGCUGUUUUGCACCCCUGUGAUUUGUUGUCCUUUUUUAUUUUAUUUUGUUAAAGGUAAGUGUGUGCCAUGUCCUUUGUAACCAUGGGAACUUUGAAAGGGAGAAAAAUGCAGGGGUCCCAUCAUGAAGACAGCAGUCACACUGCUUUAGAGGAGAGCGAUUUUCCCCUGGACUCCGUCCUAUCCAAACGAGCAAACUUUUAAAGGGCAGCUACAGUUUUCCUCCUUUUUUUAAACAAAGGCUUAAUGCAACCUUCAUUCGUGUUUUUAAAAUCAAGUGGAAUUAGGGUUGAGCUGCUGGGAGUGUACAUGCUUUUUCUCUGAAAGAAUCAUCCUGAUUUGGUUGAGACAUACAAGAUACUCCUUGUUUUAUCCUGGCACUUGGACAGUCAAAACCAGCUGCGCUUUCUUAUGCUUAUUUGAAUGGCAUUUUCCUUCUAGAUUUCUCUUUCUAAACUCCAAAUAAACACAUUCCUGCAGGUCAGAGAAAGUGUUUGAUAUAAGCAUCUAAUUAGGGCUCUGGAAAUGGGAGUCACUCAGUUAGUUGUUGGUUGAGGACAGCUGGUUGAUGAUCAGCUGGGGCCCUGUAGUUUCUGAAUGAUGUGGCUACCUUGUCCUGAUUAACUUUACUUGACCGAAGUCAGUUACCCUGAAAGUUGUAGAUAAGAUACAAUGGCCAUUAUCGACACAAAAUAAGCCCAAAUCAUUGCUACUAGCUAGAACAAUUUUCUGGUGGGGUUGGGAUUUCCAAAUACACCUCAUGUUUAAAUUUCAGAUGACACUCAUGUUCCUUCCACACUGAUGGCUAAAGGAAGCAGUCGCUGAUUAAGUGGUGGAGGGAAGAAGGUGAAAUGCCAGUGGAAGGAGAGGUACAAAAGUAGGGAGAAGCUGGCCUCAAUAUGCCGCUGGAGAGAAAACAGGAUUUGGGCAGCGCUUGCUCAGCACAUUCCCUGGAGCAGAGCCAUAAAGUCUUACAAAAAUAAUUAUGGUAAAUUAAACGGAAAUGGGGUAUUGGAUCACAGACCAGGACUGCCAAUAACACACUUCUCUGAUUCACAUACCAGAUGUUCCACCAGUGAACUCUUGUCUGGGUGUUGGAAGGAGUAGGUUUUUUUUGGAAAAUUCUCCAGAUUAGUCAAGGAUUUUAGGUCUAUUAAGUGUUAUUAUUUGAGCUGAUCACCAUUGCCCCAAGUUUGUUCAGCUUUUCACCAACCACACAGCACUGGCCUCCUAUUCCCAUUUUUUCCCUUUUAUGAGACAGACUUGGACAUGACUAAUGCAGCCUCGGGAUUCGUAAAUUAUCCUGAAGUUUAUUCAGUGCCUUUCCUCAAUGGAGCUUAAAGCAUAGCACAUAAAUUUUAUCUUCUUUAGCCCUGGAGCAUCGCUAGAAAGCAACAAGGAAUGAUGGCUCACCACACGGGUGAUGCUCAUGCCAGAGAAGUGGAGAGAGGUUUGAAAUUGCUUUGUCAAGUAUCCCAGAAUCAGGAAAGGCAGCGUCUUUGUUCUUUGGGCUGCUGAGCUCUGCAUUAACCUUCAUCCCUUAGAUCAACCCCAUGUCUAAGUACAUUUAUUCUCUUGGUAUUUCUAUAAUCACUUAGCAUUUGAUAGGCUUCAUCUCUGAUAUUUUUAACAUAAUGUCGCAGUUGCAUACUAAGUGAGGGAAGAAUAUGAUUGUGUCAUGCGGCGACAUUGUCAUCACCAGUGGCAGUGCCCCCACUGGUUUGAAGAAAGGUGUUCUUGCGUGAUGCGUUUUCUAUCUAAACGGUCAUUAUAUUUUCUUCUCCUACUUGUGAAACAAUGUGAAUAACCAUUUUAAGGACAAUAAAAGGUUGAAGAUUU